UUGCUCUGGUAUACAUCUAGAGCGGCUCCCUCCCUUCACUAAGCUGCGUUGACCUUGAUGCAGGACAGACUCUCUGUUGACUUGAGCACAUGUCCAAGCGCAAAGAUAUAUAUAAUGAGCUUUCCCAGGAGAGUGCCCAACUCCAUGGCAUUCUGAAGAUGUUAGUGUGUUUCUGUGUGAUUGUUUGUGAGUUAUAAAUUGCCACCAUUUACUUUGGUCUCUGCGUGGUACAUCUAAAUUGGGAAACAAGGCCAGGAAUAUAUAAAGGAAGGCUUGCCUUAAAAAUUCAUCUUGGAAGAUGUUCCUCCUCCUCUUGGUUCUGGUCGGUGCAACUAGCACAGUCAUGCCUUCCCCCGUGCCAAGGGCUCUGUGGCAGUUCCGGUCAAUGAUCCUAUGCGCCAUUCCCAAGAGCAAGCCACUCAGUCAGUACAAUCAUUACGGAUGCUACUGUGGCUUCGGAGGUUCUGGGACACCGGUGGACGAUCUGGACAGGUGUUGUCAAAUCCACGACGACUGCUACGGUGCUGCCAGCGACAUCCCAAAUUGCUACACAUGGCUUCACAACCCCUAUAUCGAGAUGUAUUCCUACACCUGCUCCGAGACCAACGUCACCUGUGCAAGUGACAAUGAUGUUUGCAAAAUGCAUGUUUGCCAGUGUGACCGGGCAGCAGCGAUGUGCUUUGCGAAGGCACGCUACAUCGAAGAGCACAAGAACCUGGACAAGAAGAAAUAUUGCCAAUGAGGACCUUUGUUUGGGGUGGAGGCUACCUUUCCACCUGUGGAUUCCCCUCAAAAAGAUGUUGGUGCUGCUUUGGAUGGGAACUCUUAUUUAUUUACUCUAUUUGUAUCCUGCCUUUCUCUACCCUGAAGGGGACUGAAGAUGACUUGACCUUCCCAUAUAUCAGGGCCAGUGAAAUGAAGCUCACAUGAAGCUUUCAACUUUGGUGGGAAGUAUGAAAAAGGAGGCAAAAUCGACUCUUGAUUGCCUUUAAGUCAGGACUGGGAAUUGUGAAGAUGUAUGACAAGAUACCAGUAUCAGUGCCAAGAUACCAAGAUUAGUGUACCGAUGCUCAAAGGGGCAGAUGCACAAUGCUCUCAAGCUGCAUUGAGGCCCAUUUUGCAGUGAUCAUGUUGAUAGCUCCCCCGCAUAGUCAUGGAUGCAGCAAAAUAAAGCAAAAUACCAAACCCA